AUGAAGGUCCUCCUAACAAUGCUAUCUCAGCAGAUUCAUCGAAAGCAAGUUUCUCUUCGUAUCUACAUUUCUACCUUUUCUUUCUGCCAUCCCCCGACAGUACUCUUCUGGAGGCACGUCCAACUGCCUGGUCUCCAAGUCGCGUCUGCCCGACGGUCCACUCCAGCCGUCCGACCUGGAGCUAGAUCAUUUGAGUCCGUCAGUUGCUGGGCAACACCGACUCCGUCUCAGUGCCAGCCCAUCGGUCGGCCCGUCGGUGAGCACCAACUAUGCCAUGUUGACGCUGUGCGACGUCGAGGCGGCCUCGGAGAGCUUUGA